GGCCGUUGGACCCCCUUCAAGGGCACUUGCAGUAUUCAUCACAAAGAAUUCGAAGGGACGUGAGGACACUCCACUCAGUGCCUCGCGGCACAGUGUUGGAUUUAGAUUUGCUUGCCUUGCAAAACCCAGAUCACUUGAACAGUUUGGUAGUUGAGUCGAUAAUUGCCCAAACUAGUGUCCUUGCAAAGUUCUGUUCUCCUCUGAACCUGGACAUACGUACAGUUUUACCUGUAGCACUGCGCCUGUGGGCUGGGCCUUUUUUUCGAGGAUGCCAGGACAAGCCCGUUAUUGUGUUGAAUCAUGCGGAAAAUUUGUUCAAGCAAGACCCGUACCACAAUUACGAUUCAUCGUGGUUUCUUUGGUUGAUGAUUGAUGCCUCGCGGCAUGCAGACGUAGUGGUGGUGUGCAAUAACACAGCAGUUCUCCAGCAUGUGUUUCCGUCCCAAGGGCUGACCACUUGUUGCAAUACAAUUUUCUGCCCAGCCCCACCGCUUCACGUACUACAGGACCAGUACAGUGCCAGGUGUCCUCCGGCUGUAAGGGUUAAGGAAGUAGAGGACCGCGUCAGAAUCCUCACAGGGUGCGACCGUCGCCGACUGGGCGCGCGCAUUGCGGAGCUGUUUCAGCACGCGCCUGCCAUGGCCAACUUCAUGCUGUACGAGAUUGGAGCAGGCCGCUCGCUCGAAAAGGCCAUUUGGUUGGCAAUUGACAAAGCUGCCAAAAUGGUAUCGGAGCGGCUUGGCCUUGGACGCCCCAGCGCUUAUACUUCAGUUGAGCGUGCAGAGCAGCUCCUUCUGCGCGUCGAAUGUUUGCUGAGCCUUCUUUUUGGCGAGGAGGCUCAGCGAAGUCUAGUGCAGGACCACGACGCAGCAACGCGCAGGCUUAUAGAGCUGAAGUUCUUGUGCUUAGAGUCGAACGAAGACGGCACGAUUGUUCUGCGUGUCAGGGAAGACUAUGCUAUUGUUUGGGCGCUGUCGAGCCCUGGGCCCAGCCGCACACUCCGGUCACUCAUCCGUAUCGUGCAAGGCUCUGAACUGGGAGACAAGGCGCAGAUUGAGGAUCUCGUUGUCAGCAUCGAGCGUCAGCUGGCCGUCUGCCCUGAUGCUCGAAGUCGUCUUGAAGAUCUGCUGACAAACAUAGAUGUCGACGAUGCAGGUGUUUGGAGCCGCAGUCUUCACAGCUGGAGAGCGGCGACGCGCCCGCCUUGCGUGGAGGCUGGCGCGUCUGGUCUGAGAGCUUGAUUAAUAGAGCGUCCGGAACGCCGCUUUGCUUGCGUUUAAUGCCCGUGGCUUGCAAUGCGCGUCUGCUUUAUCAAAGGCGCCUCCAGCAAGCCAUCGCUGUCCCCCGUCUUUUUGUCAAGACCUACGUGGUCCAACAACGGGACAUGGUUCGGCCGUAGGGCCGCCUGCGAGUCCCCGAGCAGUUACAGAAACAGUCGACGAA